GUGGUACACUCUUCAUAAUCAUACAGACAAAUUCGUAACUCCAAAAUUGAAUGAUUGGUUGAAUAUCCAUGGAAAACACAAAAGAAACAAACGCUAUAAAGUGCAAUCAAUCAUCUAGCUAAAUUAAUGAUUGGUUGAAUAUCCCAUUUCACAAUUCCCCUCACUCAUAUGACCGCCUUGGAUAGGAGAAGAAGAUAAUUAAAUCUCCUAGUUCACCGUCAUCCUCCCUUAGGCUGCCGCCAUUUGCAUAGACACCCUUGCUAGCAGAAGAAAGAUGAUGAGAGAUAUUUUUCCAGCAAAGAUUUUUUGGUGGCCAGAUUAGCUAUUUAGAUCCUAUAAUCUUUGGGUGAUCUUCGAGAAAAAUAAAAUUAAAAAUAAAUAAUUAUUUUAAUGUAAAUUGAAGUUAAUCAACCAAAAUGAAUAAAUACAUAAUUACGUGACCUGCCAAAGAAGAUUAGGCAUAUUUGUGGAGCAGUAAAAACUAAGAUAAAAUUGGAAACGCCAGUUGACCACCAGCCGCAACAAAAGCAUUAUUUUACCCUCGUCUUGGAAUCUCCUUCACCACAGCUUUUAUGUUCGGCUGUUCUUGUCUCCAGCAGAAUUUCCAAAUUUGUGUAGGCCCCACACUGGGUAGCAAGAUUCCACCAUUAAAAAAAUGUUUCUGACAACAUGAGCACCAAACCAACCCUCGCCUCCUCAGGAUUCAGCCAAGAUGCUUUUUUUAUUUUCAAGCCUGUGGGGGCAUCAGCCUCAAUGAAGACAGCUGUGGAUCCAUGGAGUCGUCUGUCCUGUGAGGAUAACAAGAGUAGCAAAAUCCGAUCCUCCUUCUGUUUCUUCUGUCAUCAAUCUUUUAACGGUCUUGUGAAUGAGUGGAGUGAUAGAAGGUGAGAGUGCUCUUUGGAAGAUCUUGUUCUUCUGUUGCCAAAAAGUUUGGAUUUUGAAGAAAAAACCUAUUGUUUUUGUUGUUGGUGAUAGUGAAUUUUGUGGAAAUUAUGGAGGCAGCAGGAUUGUUGUGAUGGUGGUGAAGUUGUUGAGUGAUGGAUGAUGGUGUACCGCUGCCCAGAAGCUCGCUGGACAAGAGUCAUUCUGAGGCUGCGGUGGAGUUGGAUCCUAUGGAAGAGAUGCUGUUAGGGGGUUCUUGGUUGGGAACUCUUGAUAGUUCUGAUUUUUCACUGUUAGGUGCACCAAAUUCUGCCAGCCCUUUUGGUUGUUCGGGGUUUUCGCCUCUUUUUGACAUCAGCAGCAGUACUUUGGUUCCGAUCCUCCACAAAAAUGACACCCAAGAAGAUGUAGAAUGGCCUAAUUUCUGUACCAAUCCAUCUUCUUGUGAAGGCCAUAUUGGAAGCAUCAGUGAGAUGCAGCAGUUGCGGGAUCCGGACAUCACUGGAUUACCCAAGUUUUCAGCUCAAUCUACUGAGUCGGAAACGGCGAAUCCAAUCUCAGGAGCAGGAGCUACUUUAUGGAUUCAACCAAGUAUCCCUUUUGUUUCCAUUGGGGACCGAUUGAAUUAUGCUCUUAAUUAUGUUAAGGAGAACUCUAGGGAUGGUGAUGCCCUUCUUCAAGUGUGGGCUCCAGUAAAGCAUGGAAAUCAAAGAGUGCUUACUACAUAUGGUCAACCUUUUUCACUUGAUCCCAACUGUGAUAGGCUUGUGAAUUAUCGAACGGUUUCAAUGAGGUAUCAGUUCUCAGCUGAGGAAAACUCAAAUGUAGCAGCUGGAUUGCCUGGCAGGGUUUUCCUGGGUAAAAUGCCUGAAUGGACCCCGGAUGUUCAGUACUUUAGUGUCUCUGAGUACCCUCGUGUUGGUCAUGCUCAUCAAUAUGAUGUUCGCGGCACUAUUGGAGUUCCUAUAUUUGAGCGGGAUAGCCGGUAUUGCAUAGGUGUGGUGGAGAUGGUGAUGACUUCGCAAAAGAUCAACUAUAGUUCUGAUAUUGACAAUAUUUGCAAUGCUCUUGAGGCUGUUAAUCUUAGGAGUUCAGAAGGCCUCAGUGGUCUUGGCAGCUUUUAUAGGAGGGUGAAUAAUGACUCUUAUCAAACAGCUUUAUGUGAGAUCUUGGAAGUGCUUAAAGCAGUUUGCAGGACACACAAUUUACCAUUAGCCCAGACAUGGAUUCCAUGUAUUCAACAAGGAAUAUCUCACAACCGCCAUUCUGAUGAAAACCUCAAUGAUUGUGUUUCGACAUCUGAUGCUGCUUGUUAUGUACAUGAUCCUUCUAUGUUGGGCUUUCAUAAAGCUUGUUCUGAGCAUCACUUGUUUAAAGGUCAAGGCGUUGCUGGCAAGGCAUUCAUGACAAAUCAACCUUGUUUUUCAUUAGAUGUCACUGGUUUCCGCAAGAUGGAUUAUCCUUUAUCUCACCAUGCUAAGAUGUUCCAUCUACGAGCUGCUGUCGCCAUCCGUCUUCGCUGUAUUCAUACUGGACCCAUCGACUUUGUUUUAGAGUUCUUCUUACCCUUUGAUUGCCUUGGAAGCGAGGAACAAAAGCUCAUGCUUGAUUCACUAUCUUUCACUAUAAAGCAGGUUUGCAAGACAUUACGAGUUGUAACCAUUAAAGAGUUGCAGGAUGAAGCUCCACUUCAAUCUGGUGAAGUAGUCCUCUCUGAUAAUUUCAUGAAAGGUUCUGCCUCUGAAGGGCAGGAACAAAAAUGUGGCAGUAUUGUUUCAAUGUCAACUCCAACAGCAGGGUAUUCCAGGGAAGUGUCAUCUUGGAUCCCAAAUCUUUCAGGCACCCCACACAAUGGAGCAAAGAAUGUCUUUCCUGUUGGUGAGCCAGGAGAAUUUAAAGAGAAGCAUGCUGAAGGAUUCAAUAUGACAACAACUUGGGUUGAUCAUGCAGAAACAGCAUUGUCUACAAGACAGAUAUUCUCAGAGGUCAAGCGACAUGGCCAAGAUUCAAUUAAACAUAAAAAAAAUCAUAUGUUUUUAAAUGCUGGUGAUUCUAACUGUCAAAAUGCGAGCAAGAUUGCUGAAAAGAGACGUGCAAAAGCAGAAAAGACUGUCAGUUUGCAAGUCCUCCGUCAGUAUUUUGCGGGCAGUCUAAAAGAUGCUGCAAAGAGCAUUGGAGUGUGUCCUACAACUUUGAAGAGAAUAUGCAGGCAACAUGGUAUUACUCGUUGGCCAUCACAAAAGAUCAAGAAAGUUGGGCACUCUUUAAGGAAACUGCAAGUGGUUAUUGAUUCAGUCCAAGGUGCUGAAGGAGCAUUUCAGCUAAGUUCUCUAUAUGAAGAUUUUACGAAAGGUGCUGGGGCUGAGAACAUGUCUGGGAAUAAAACAUUAUCCAUGGUGAAAACAGACCGCUUGGGUACUUCUCGAUCACAAGCUAGACUUAGCUCUGCAUCUAAUUCUCAUUCUUCCUCUUGCAGUCAAAGUUCUAAUUCGAGUCUUGGUUGUAUUGAGUCUAAUCAGUAUUCUCAAGCUGUGCCUUCAGCAAUCAAACAAGAGACUUUAAUGCCACUGAACCCAAGUGGUAAGCUAAAGAGAGCUCAUAGUGAUAUCGCUCUGCAUCUUGCUACUCAGGAGGCGCCUCCAUGCAUCAACAGAUCUCGAAGUCGUGAAGUUCUUGGUGCACAUCAUUCUUCAGAUAGCAUGUCUCCCUUGAAUAAGGAUAAAUGCAGUUCUUUUAGAGUAAAGGCUGUCAAUGGAGAGGAGAAAGUCAGAUUCAGAUUGCUGCCGAAUUGGGGUUUCAAUGAUCUAAAGCAAGAGAUAGCUAGACGUUUUGAAAUGGAUGACUUAAGUUCAAUGGAUCUUAAGUAUUUGGAUGAUGAUUCUGAAUGGGUUCUCUUAACAUGCAACGAAGAUUUGCAAGAGUGUCUUGAUGUAUACAAGUCAUCUGAUGUCAAUACAAUCAAAAUUUCAGUCCACACUGGGUCUCCUAGUCCUAGGGCGUCUAUAGUUCAACCAGGGUCGUCAUAGCAUUACUGGAUCAGCAGAUUAUGUAGAUAAUAUUCAUGGGGGUGUGAUUCCAAUAGAAGCAAAAGGCCUUAAUGUGUUUCCACAUCUGAUGAUGAAAAACAUUUAUGGAUUUCUAAAUCAUGUCAAGACAACUAAAUGAACUGGAGGUGGAAGGCAUGGAUUGAAACAUUAAAAUCUGAAAGCAGCAUCCAUGUGUCUCUCUACCUUGGAAUCAUAUCUCAAAAAGGCCAUUAUAUUUGGUAUUCCACACCUGCAUUGGUUAUCACUACAGUUAGGUGGAUCUACUUAAUUUAGGGCUUGACCAUGCCAACUGGCUCAGACUUGGCACGAGGCAUGCAUCAGGGUUUUGCAGUCUUGUGAUUAUUUAUUUUGUUUUUGUACAGUGAAGAAUUUCUUAUCUUAUGCACUGAGAGAGAGUUGGUGCUGAGUCUCCUUUUGGCAGUUACCUGAGUUUCAUAAUGUGGUGGUAGGAUAAGAAUGGUCUAACCUCGAUUGUUAAACUGAUGUAUGUCUACAUUGAGAGGUUUCUUUAGAACCCUCAGGAAAUCUCAAAUGCUAAUUGCCAUGAUAAGAGCUGCAGCGGAAAUUCUCUGGAAGGAUUUCAGCUAUAAGAGCUACUGACUUCCCUGUCCAAUUUGCGUUUAUGUCGAUCCACAUAUCUGAUUUUAUGAUUACCGGCUUAAAAAUCUAUUUAUUUCACAGGUAACUUUAAGCUUCAAUUGGCCCUUGGUUGUUCUUUAGAUAAUGUUUUGUGUAUUAGGAACAAAGUCAGUUAAAAGGAUCACUUCAGUUAGUGUUUGGAAAACUUGAGCCUGUGAGCCUGUACAGAUGAUCUGAAGAAACUUUGUUAUGGAAUUGCUCAUGGAGAUUUUUUUAGUUGUCAGAAAAAGCUUUUGUUUUUACUGUGAAUAUUAUAGUUCAGUCAUUUUGACGAUGGCUUUUGUUUAGAACUUAUUUAUUUAGUGUGAACAUUGUAGUUCACGGUUGUAUUGAAGUUGACCUUUGUUAAAAUUAGUGCACACCCACUUUGUAUGGGGGACACUUUCGAUCCGGUAAACCCUAGCAUACCCACUUUGUGAGUUCGGAUUGAUUUCGUCAUUCUAAUUCUCGCAUAAGAAUGUCUACUCCUUCGUUCCCAGGAUCUCAUUCACUCCAUUUUCAAGCUUAUCUGGAAGAGAACAAGUGCUAGGGAUGAGGACACCCCUCUCAUCGACGUCGAGGCAGAUGGUGGCACAUCAAAAAAGAGUCGACCUACUUCUGCUAAUGCAGGAGCUCUAAAGAUAAGUUGUGAACUCCUACGUUUAUUUGUUACAGAGGCUGUGCAACGAGCUGCUAUAAUUGCCGAAGCAGAGGGCACUGAGAAGAUUGAGCCUACUCAUUUGGAGAGGAUAUUACCUCAACUACUUCUUGACUUUUAAGGUACUGCAAGACAUGGGAGUGAAGCAGGAAUGCAAUUCUUUGAUCCUGAUCUUCAUCAUAUAGUGAAUUUUCAGGUUUCUUUUUACUGUUUUUCAUGAAUAUGUGGAAGUUUGGCAUUUAAUUCAUUUUCCUAUUUGGAACAUGAUUUCUUCUUGAUGAUGAUGAGUGUUUUUGCAAAAUAUUAUAUGGUGCUUAACUGCUCCAAUAUAAGAUGACUGCUUCAA